AGGCCCUUACAGAAUGACCUUGCACUGAGCCUUUGUGGAAGAAGCAAGAUUUAAACAUCAAUUCUUCAAUGUGCAUCCUUCUAUUCAAAUUUGACCCCCGACCAGUUUCAAAAAAUGCAUACAGGCUUAUUUUAGCAGCUAAUAGAGAUGAAUUUUACCAUAGACCAUCCAAAUCGGCAGAUUUUUGGGACAACAGCAAUGAGAUCCUUAGUGGUCUGGAUAUGGAGGAAGGAAAAGAAGGUGGGACAUGGCUGGGCAUCAGUAAGAAAGGCAAGAUGGCAGCCCUGACAAACUAUAUGCAGCCAAAGGUUGAUAAAAAUGCAAAAGGAAGAGGUGCUCUUGUAACAAACUUCUUGACUGGAGAUCUGGACAGCUACUCUUACUUGAAGAAAGUUUCAGUAGAAGGACAUCUUUACAAUGGAUUUAAUUUAUUAGCAGCUGACUUGAA